AUGAACCUAGCCAUAGAUAAUAUCAGACUAUAUCUGAUCUACUCAUCAACCUUUCACGGCUACAACAUACGCCCUCUUCCUUACCUUCUUGGUAACGCGCCAAAGACCGGCCAAGGGCUUUGGAUCGCCAUGUUUGUCAUCCUCAAUAUCAUCCUCGGCGCUGUCUCAUAUAAAAACUUCGCGUACCCUCAUCCCUGGGGCUUUACCAAGUCAGCUGAGCUACUAGCAUAUGUCGGCUAUCGAACAGGCUAUAUCUCUCUCGGUACGUACUACACGGACGUGCACAAGCCUUAUUGGAUCUGGGGCAUCGUUAGAACACCAUGUCUAGUAGUCCUUCUCGUGCAGAGCAUCCUACGGUUUCGUCGCGCUUCGUAUGAAGUGUUUCUCGUCCUUCAUAUACUCCCCGCCGCCUUCGUCAUAAUUGGAUGUUGGUAUCACGUCUACUUCUGGAAGCCAUUCUCUGGAGUAUACGAGCUGUGGAUCUACAUGGUCUGCGCUGUGUGGUUCUUUGAUCGUUUCAUUCGCGUACUACACGUUGACAAGAAUGGCCUUUGCCGAGCUAGUGUCGUCGAGCUAUCUGAUGAGAUCGUUCGCUUGGAUAUCUCUGGUGUGAGAUGGCUCUCUACCCCUGGUCAUCAUGCCUACAUCUACUUUCCUACACUGCAGCCUUUUCUCCCGUGGCAGAAUCAUCCUUUCUCAAUCACAAAUACCGCAUUGCUACAGGAGACAUCUGCAGCGGCAUCGUCGCAUUCGGAUGAUGUCGAGCUGAGCCAAAAGAUCUCCCAAGUUGCCAUAAAAAAGAGGUUUACAGGCACUGAUAGUAUCUCCCUCUUUAUCAAAAAGCACAAUGGCACAACGAGCCUAUUACGGAAACACCCAAACCUUCCUGUGCUGGUCGAGGGACCCUAUCGCGGUAAUAUCAGCCAUUAUGUGCUCAAGUGCGACAGAGUACUGCUCGUUGGUGGUGGAAUUAGUAUAGCAGGUCUUCUCUCCUGGACCCGAGCACACAUGAACGUUAAGCUAGCGUAG